CCUCAGCCAUUCCCAUUUCCAUUCGCAUCCCCGGCUAGCCAACCCUGUUCUCCCGCUCGCGCAUCUCAGGCUCCUGCGUUGCAGGAAGGAACUCACUCAAGUAUGGACGCCCUCUCCUGCUUUGCGCCGCCUGCGAUGCUCUCCCGGUCCUUUGCGGACGCGGCCAUCGCGCGCGCGCUCCACUUCUCUCUCUCGGCCGGCUGCUCCCCCGUCCCGGAGCCGUCCAUCGUCGCCGACCUCGGCGCCUGCAGCGCGGCAGCCACGACGGCCUCGUCCUCCUCCUGCGGCCCCGUGGCGAUGCUUCCCCCGGCGGCACCGUCCGCGCGUUGCAGGCUGGGACCCGCGGGCGGCCGCGCGGGGAAGCGCCGGCCGCGGCCGUCCAAGCGCGUGCCCACCACGUACAUAAACACCGACGCGGCAACCUUCCGUCUCAUGGUGCAGCACGUCACCGGCGCCGAGGCCGAGCCGCAGGUCGACGCCGACGCCGGCCUCGGUGUCCUCCUGUCGCCCUUCGACUUUGAUCACUUGCUACCGUCGGACCCUGCGGCGGCCGCGGCCCAAGUCGCCGCGUACGCCCUUCCGGCGGCGGCGGCAGAGCAGCCGUGCUUCCCGACGCUGGACUCGUGGAACGUCAUGUACGACAAGAACUAGGUGACUUUGGGUCGAAACUGAAGCUCUAUGCUCUGUAUAAACAUCAUGCAGCAAGAUGAAGGCGCCGUUGCGUCUGGCCUGUGAUGUAUUGCUCCCUUUGGUCGUUGCAGAGCAGUAGGAGAGGAUUAGAGAUGUAGUAGUAGUGCUGUAUGCAAGUGCGAGUACCACCAGACUACCAGUAUAGCACGCACUAGCAGUGUAGGAAUGCAGAGGUGCUCCUUGGUCUCCUCGCCGGUUGCACUCGCUGCUUCAACUUAGGUAGUUCAAUCUGCCUGUUCUUGGUUCUUGCCACCGGAUACAUGGUCCAGCUGGUACUGCCGUGGAACCCAGGAUAUUUUUUGUGGUGAUCUGAUUGCACCAUGCUUUUAGAGGAUUGCUAAAACCCAGUCGAUUGAGAUUAGCCAGUAUCCGUUGGACAAAUGUGUUGUACUAAGGGCAUCCACAAUGUGAUGCUGCCAAAUUUGCAACGUUGUCAGAGUUUUGCCACCGAUGUCAAAUAGGCUAGCAGUCCACAACGUUAGCUGGUUCCUAAUUUAUGCAUAUUGGGGACCACCAUAGAAUAGAAUAGGAUAAAAACACUACCACGUCUCUCUUUACCCACAACAUUCUGGCUGUUCACAUCAGUUUAUGUAUUAUUUUAUUAG